AUGGCAAAAUUCACUCAUGAGAGCACGGAAGACCAGGAGGAAGAAGAGUUACAGGAGGAAGUGUUAGAUUUUGCGCCAGCAGCACUGGAUGACUUUCUGCUAGAAGUGGAGGAUCCUUUACAGGAAAUAAACUUCAGGAUAGAAGAGGAUCCAAGGCCUACUUUUAUUAGCGCACUAUUGAAAGAACCGCUCAAGAGUGAGCUCAUUGCACUGUUGAAGGAGUUCAGAGAUUGUUUUGCUUGGCAUUAUCAUGAAAUGCCAGGUCUAGAUAGGGAAUUAAUGGAGCACGAGCUGCCAAUCAAAGAGGGAUACCUUCCAGUCAAACAGGCUAGAAGAAGAAUGUCCAUCGACACAGAACUGAAGGUCAAAGAAGAAAUAGAAAGGUUGCUCAAAGCAGGAUUCAUCAAACCAGCCAUCUAUGCUGAUUAG